GCGGUCAAGGUGGACAGUGUGGUCACCAUGGACCUAGAGACGUCCUCGGCGGCUCAGGGGUUCCUCUCGUUGCCGGAGCUCAGCGAUUCCCCGCAGGCGGUCAAGGUGGACAGUGUGGUCACCAUGGACCUAGAGACGUCCUCGGCGGCUCAGGGGUCCCUCUCGUUGCCGGAGCUCAGCGAUUCCCCGCAGGCGGUCAAGGUGGACAGUGUGGUCACCAUGGACCUAGAGACGUCCUCGGCGGCUCAGGGGUCCCUCUCGUUGCCGGAGCUCAGCGAUUCCCCGCAGGACACGUGGAGCUCUUGGAUUUGGAACCUGGUGUCCCUCACGCAGAAGGAGCAGGUGGCGCUGCGUAAGGGCCCCGGGCGGAUCCCUGGCCUGGACGACAGCAAGUGGGACAGGCUCGCACGGCUACAAUGGACCAGCGCAGCAACCCCGCUGGAAGUUCUUCCCACGUUUUCAUGA